UCUCGAUAUCCUUUUUCUUUGUCAAUCGAGUUUAAAGUUUAUUUGUUUUACUAUGAUUCGAUUUGCAAUAGUUGUAAUCUGCGAAUUUGAGAAGUAGAUAAUAUCUUAAUUGAUGAAUCGUAAACUAUCUUGAAAUACGGUGAAUUCAAUGUACAAUUUGUGAAUCUGGUUGGUAGACAGACUUUGAUUGCUUAUUGCGCCGCUUGUUUAGGUGAAUUUGUUGAUGAUGAUUUCCCUUAAUUUCUUCCAAUUCUGUAUGUAGUAGUGUUAAUUAAUGUUGCAGCCUUACAGGGGACACUGUAAUUUCUAGGGUUACGAUGCCCAAAAGAUCUGUAUUUUCUAAUUUUGUAUGUUGUAGUGGUGAUCAUUGCAUCUGUAAACUGCUUUAUUUGUUUCUCGUUUUGUUGUUGUGGGUGGGGGGCCCUUUUUUUUGUUUUCUUGAUUUAAUGCAUUGUGAAUCCCAUCUAAGUUUAUAGCAGGAGCUGGUUGGUGUAUUGUAGAUUAGUUUUUGCUCCUCUUGGUUACUGCUAAAAGCAUCAAUCAAUGCCAAAGUACGGAGGGGGUGAAGCAGUAUUGAAUAUGCAGCCAAACUCUUCAAUAUCUGUUGCAUAUCAUCCCCAAUUCGGUCCUCAUGAUGAUCUGAUACUCCUUGAACUUGAUGAGAAACUCCUUCAGGAUGUUCUCCAGCAAAAGGUAAUUAUAAGAGGGCAGCCUGAUGAAGAUGCAGUUCUUUGCACCCAGUUGAAAACUUAUGGAAUCAAGUUUGUGGGAACUUCUAAUUCUGUAUUUCUUGUACCCCCAUCUGAUCAAGCUUUGUCAUUUGAUGAUUUGGAAGAUUGUGAUGGUAAGGAUAAUGACUUUAAAGUUGUUGCCUCCGUCAUCAAGGUGGCAGCUGGUAGUAUGGAGCUAACAGAGGUUGCUCCCAGACUUGAAAAGCUUAAAUUGCUUAUCUCAGAGAAUCCUUACAGUUCUGAUGAAAUGGAGGAUUUGGAGGACAUAGAGAAUACUAAAAAGGGUUUGUAUAAAUGGGAUGACCUCGUUGACAGGGUUCAGGCCAGUGACAAUGAAUUGAGGACUGGAUUACAUGCUCUUUCAGCAGUGGAGAUAAAUGGUUAUUGGAGAAUUGUGGAUGAGAAAUACAUGGACAACACUCUGAGAAUGCUGUUGCACAAUUCAAUAUUGAAUGACUGGUCACUUGAUCUACUUCAUGAAGACGAAGUUGUGAAUGUGAUGAUAUCAGAUGGGUUUCCCCAUGAACUUGUUCUCCACUGUUUGAAUGUUUUCUGCAGCAAGAUGGAUGGCGGUGAGGGUAGAAUUCGCUCGUGGAGGUUGAAUGAUCGGCGAGUGUGUGUACAUUUUGCUAGACAAAUUUUGAGAGAAGGGAAGAUGAAGAUGGAGACUUUCAUGGCAGAAUGGAAGCAAAAAAUUCCAGAUGGAAUGCAGGCUAGCUUUGAUAUGUUGGAAGGUGAAGUUUUAACAGAAAGGCUUGGCGUUGAGACUUGGGUUCGCCCCUUUAGCCUCUCUUCGUUGCCCUCUACACCUGCACAACGUUUCUCCGCGCUCUUCAGUGAGCGGCCAAAAUGGGAAGAGAAAGAUUUGCAACCCUACAUCAGGGAUUUAAAAGUUCCUGGUCUUUCUUCAGAAGCUUUGCUUCUGAAAUACACUCGAAGAACGCAGCCAACUGUUGAUGCAGAACCUGUUUUCAGUGCAAGAUAGGAUGGACAAUUAUCACAAUAUGUAAUCUGGGCAUAAAUCUUUGAAGUUGUGACACAAUGUUAACUGAAAAACCCAUCAAUAAAGGAUUCAUGUUGCAUCUUGAGCGAAUUUGACUUCCCUUCAUUCAA